GCUCCGAGGAGCUACUCCUGAGACUCCCUGGUUGCUCUCUGUGUGCUCUGUUCCUGCGGCCAGUUUCGGCUGUGGCCACUGCAAUCAUUUGCAGACCAAACUGAACCAGGGACGUUUCUUCUUUUAACAUAAAGGGUCAAGAAAUUGGAGCAUGGCUAUGAACAACGGAAACAACGAUUUUGUGGUUCUGAGCAAUGGCAGCAUCGCAACCAGUGCUACCAGUGCUAGUCCCCUCACCCCCUGUGAUGGAGACCCUGCAGCCCAGCAACUCACCCCCAAAGAAGCGCCCAGAACAAAAGUGAGUCCAAAUGGAUGCCUGCAAGUUAAUGGCACAGUUAAAUCAUCCUUUCUGCCUUUAGACAACCAAAGAACGCCUCAGAUGUUAUCCCUGUGCUGCCAUCCUUGCCCAUACCAUCACCCUUUGACUACCCAUGACAGUCACCAAGAGUGCCAUCCCGAGGCUGGCCCCGCAGCACCUCCUGCUUUGGCCUCGUGUUGCAUGCAGCCACACUCAGAGUAUUCUGCAUCUCUCUGUCCAAACCAUUCACCUGUUUAUCAGACAACGUGCUGUCUUCAGCCCUCUCCAUCCUUCUGCCUGCAUCAUCCGUGGCCUGACCAUUUUCAGCAUCAGCCUGUGCCACAGCAUAUAGCCAACAUAAGCCCAUCCAGACCUUUCAAGUUACCAAAAAGUUAUGCAGCCCUGAUAGCAGACUGGCCUGUGGUUGUCUUGGGCAUGUGCACUGUGUUCAUCGUGGUCUGUGCCUUGGUUGGAGUAUUAGUGCCAGAGCUUCCUGAUUUCUCUGAUCCAUUGCUGGGUUUUGAACCAAGAGGGACUGCAAUAGGCCAGAGACUGGUCACAUGGAAUAACAUGGUGAAAAAUACAGGAUACAAAGCAACAUUAGCAAAUUACCCCUUUAAAUAUGCAGAUGAACAAGCCAAAAGCCAUCGGGAUGAUAGAUGGUCAGAUGAUCAUUAUGAAAGAGAGAAAAGAGAAGUUGACUGGAACUUCCACAAGGACAGCUUUUUCUGUGACGUUCCAAGUGACCGAUAUUCCAGAGUAGUAUUUACUUCAGCUGGAGGGGAGACAUUGUGGAAUUUACCUGCAAUUAAAUCAAUGUGCAAUGUAGAUAAUUCAAGGAUCAGAUCUCAUCCCCGGUUUGGUGAUCUCUGCCAGAGGACCACGGCUGCUUCCUGCUGCCCCAGCUGGACGCUGGGGAACUACAUCGCUAUUCUGAACAACAGAUCGUCCUGCCAGAAAAUCGUCGAGCGAGACGUUUCUCAUACCUUGAAGCUACUUCGGACCUGCGCCAAACACUACCAGAACGGCACCCUGGAGCCAGACUGCUGGGACAUGGCGGCCCGGAGGAAGGACCAGCUCAAGUGCACCAACGUGCCACGGAAAUGUACCAAGUACAACGCUGUGUACCAGAUCCUCCACUACUUGGUGGAUAAAGACUUUAUGGCCCCAAAGACAGCCGACUACACACCCGCUUUGAAGUACAGCAUGCUCUUCUCGCCCACAGAGAAAGGGGAGAGCAUGAUGAACAUUUACUUGGACAACUUCGAAAACUGGAACGCUUCUGACGGCGUCACCACCGUCACCGGGAUUGAGUUUGGGAUCAAACACAGUUUGUUUCAGGAUUAUCUUCUGAUGGAUACCGUGUAUCCUGCCAUCGCCAUCGUGAUCGUCCUUUCGGUCAUGUGUGUCUACACCAAGUCCAUGUUUAUCACUCUGAUGACCAUGUUCGCCAUCAUCAGUUCCUUGAUUGUGUCCUAUUUUCUCUACCGCGUGGUGUUUAACUUUGAAUUUUUCCCUUUUAUGAACCUCACCGCGCUCAUUAUUUUGGUGGGCAUUGGAGCGGAUGAUGCUUUUGUCCUGUGUGAUGUCUGGAACUACACCAAAUUUGACAAGCCUCACGCGGAAACCUCCGAGACAGUGAGCAUCACGCUGCAACACGCCGCCCUCUCCAUGUUCGUCACCAGUUUUACCACAGCGGCUGCCUUUUACGCUAACUAUGUGAGCAAUAUCACAGCCAUCAGAUGCUUUGGGGUAUACGCGGGGACAGCUAUACUGGUGAAUUACGUUCUGAUGGUCACCUGGCUUCCGGCCGUGGUUGUCCUGCACGAGCGGUAUCUUCUCAAUAUCUUCAGCUGCUUCAAGAAGCCCCAGCAGCAAAUAUACGAUAACAAAAGCUGCUGGACGGUGGCCUGUCAGAAGUGCCACAAAGUCCUUUUUGCCAUUUCGGAAGCGUCUCGAAUUUUUUUUGAAAAAGUAUUGCCGUGCAUCGUCAUUAAGUUUCGCUACCUAUGGCUGGUCUGGUUCCUGGCCUUAACUGUGGGCGGGGCCUACAUCGUCUGCAUAAACCCAAAGAUGAAGCUGCCCUCUUUGGAGCUGUCCGAGUUCCAGGUGUUCAGGUCGUCCCACCCUUUUGAACGUUACGACGCCGAGUACAAAAAGCUUUUCAUGUUCGAGCGCGUCCACCACGGAGAGGAGCUCCACAUGCCCAUCACGGUCAUCUGGGGCGUGUCCCCAGAAGACAAUGGCAACCCCCUAAACCCUAAGAGCAAAGGGAAGCUGACCUUAGACAGCGGCUUUAACAUCGCCAGCCCAGCUUCCCAGGUCUGGAUUUUGCAGUUCUGUCAAAAACUGAGAAAUCAGACAUUCUUUCACCAGACUGACGAACAGGACUUCACCAGCUGCUUCAUCGAGACCUUCAAGCAGUGGAUGGAAAACCAGGACUGCGAUGAGCCUACCCUGUACCCAUGCUGCAGCCACUGGAGCUUCCCCUAUAAGCAAGAGAUUUUCGAACUGUGCAUCAAGAGAGCCAUCAUGGAGCUAGAGAGGAGUACGGGCUACCAUUUGGAUAGCAAAACCCCAGGGCCGAGGUUUGAUAUCAAUGAUACCAUCAGGGCAGUCGUGCUAGAGUUCCAAAGCACCUACCUCUUCACACUGGCUUAUGAAAAGAUGCAUCAGUUUUAUAAAGAGGUGGACUCGUGGAUUUCCAACGAGCUGAGUUCUGCACCCGAGGGCCUCAGCCACGGCUGGUUUGUCAGCAAUCUGGAGUUCUAUGACCUCCAGGACAGCCUCUCCGACGGCACCCUCAUCGCCAUGGGGCUCUCGGUGGCCGUGGCCUUUAGCGUGAUGCUGCUUACAACUUGGAACAUCAUCAUAAGCCUUUAUGCCAUCAUUUCGAUCGCCGGAACUAUAUUUGUCACCGUGGGUUCUCUCGUCCUGCUGGGCUGGGAGCUAAACGUUUUGGAGUCGGUCACUAUUUCGGUUGCGGUCGGCCUGUCUGUAGACUUUGCCGUCCAUUAUGGGGUUGCUUACCGCUUGGCCCCGGACGCCGACCGAGAAGGGAAGGUGAUCUUCUCUCUGAGCCGCAUGGGCUCUGCCAUCGCCAUGGCCGCGCUCACCACCUUCGUGGCUGGGGCCAUGAUGAUGCCCUCCACGGUCCUGGCUUACACCCAGCUGGGCACCUUCAUGAUGCUCAUCAUGUGUAUCAGCUGGGCUUUUGCCACCUUCUUUUUUCAGUGCAUGUGCCGGUGCCUUGGGCCGCAGGGCACCUGCGGUCAGAUUCCUUUACCCAAAAAACUCCAGUGCAGUGCCUUCUCCCACACCUUGUCGACAAGUCCUGGUGACAAGGGACAAAGCAAGACACACACUGUGAAUGCUUAUCACUUAGAUCCCAGGGGCCAAAAAGCUGAAAUGGAGCAUGAGUUUUACGAAUUAGAACCUCUGGCAGCCCACAGCUGUAUGGCCUCCGAGAAGACCACUUAUGAAGAGACCCACAUCUGCUCUGAAUUUUUCAGCAGCCAGGCAAAGAAGUUAGGGAUGCCUGUACACACAGCUUACAACAGCGAACUCAACCAAAGCACCAAAAAUGAAGCCAGCUCUGCCUUGUUGCAGCCGUGUCUUGAACAGCACACCAUGUGUCACUUCUUCUCUCUGAAUCAGAGAUGUAGCUGCCCAAAUGCCUACCAACCUUUGAAAUAUGGCCUGCCGUCUUGCCAGCAGAUGGGUGACUGCUCGUGCCACCAGUGCGCUCCGACUGCCAGCAGCUUCAUGCACGUCCAGAACGGCCUGGCCCCUCUGAAGGCUGCACACCAAGCCCCCGAGGGCUUCGUGCAUCCCAUCCCACACAUCCACCACUGUCCCUGCCUACAGGGCAGAGUGAAACCUCCUGGAAUGCAGAAUUCUCUGCCCAGGAGUUUUUUCCACCACCCGGGUCAGCACAUUCAGGCCCAAGAAAAACUCGGUAAGACCAGCGUACACAGUCUUCAGAGCCUAGAAGAGCAACUUCCAAAGAUGGCAGAGAUGUCGUCAUUGGUCUGCAGAAGGGCUGGAGCUUCACACAAAGCAUGCUGUGCUCCUGAGACGCACCAAAGGGGACUCUGUAAAAACAGAGACAUCGGGAACGUGGAGGGCAGUGGAGGGGCCGCAAACAAGGACUCCAGUUCAGUGAGUCCAACUGACAAGGCAGAAAGGCAAGUGGAGCCAGGCCUGUCACAGACUGAUGUCAUCGUAAACUCGGAACACUUGAGUCAGAAUGAACCCCAAUUCAUCUUUAACCAUUUAAUGGGGGAGGCUGGUUAUAGGUCCUGCCCAAACAAUCCACAAAAUCGUGGCAGGAUUGUGAGAGUUCAGUGCAGUUCUGUGGACUGUCAAAUACCAAACAUUGAAGCCAACAUGCCUGCUGUGUUAACACACUCGGAACUUUCUGGCGAAAGUUGGUUAAUAAAAACACUUUAAUAA